AUGAUGGUCGUUUGCGGCAUCGUGUAUUGCUCUAUGCGGCUCAAACCGGAUGUCUUGGAAGAUCUGACCAGAGAGGUGAGCAUACAUGCGGCCCAUCAGGGCUCAAACCCGACAAGACAAGCCCCAGUGCUGAUGCGGGCCCUCGCCAGCAAUAUCUUCCCCCCGUCCCAGCGCGCACAACAUACGCGGACAACGCAACAGACGAAAUCUUUCUCGAAGACGAGUCGGGCAGGAUACGGCUCGUGGGCGGAACAGCAAUGCACGCUUCUGCAGACUCGCAAGCUUCCACCUCGGCGCCGCAAAAUAGCCGCAGCUGGAGGGACAGUCUGGUCACCGGCGUGGUGUGUGCCGUGCUGGGGACUGAGACUAGAGCGGGCGACUUUGAUGUCGUCGAUGUCGUCCUUCCAGGCAUCCCUCGAAGCUUGGCCAAGUCAGACGCAAAGAGCAGGGACGAAGCUAUGGAUGUGGAUGGUGAGAAGGGCGAGUGGGUAGCCUUCGUCUCUGGCAUAGAGGUCGGGGAUGAAAAGGCCUUUGAGACGAAAGAAGAGGAGGGCACGAGCGCAAGUGCGAGUGAUGGACAAGAAGAUGAUGGGCUAGGGAUGCUCAGAAACGAAUUGCUUGCUGAAUGGCUGAGGGGCGAGACGCUAUCGGAGGUGAGCCAACCGGCACGGCUCGCGUGGUCAGCCUAUAGCUGUAGCGAGGCUGACACGAUCGAAAUCGAUCGAAUUUUUACGCAAAGAUCGACGCAGGUGUGUCAGUUCGAGAUGUUUCGGCCCUGAUUCUGGCUGGCAACUCUUGCGCUGUUCCAUCAGCACUGCGGACAGUAGAGAACAAGGCGGUACGUUUGAGCUCGCGGGAUGCCCUCACGUCGGUGCUGCAAAGCGACUGACAUUUUCAACCCUCGCCGCCCUCUACCGAUCUGGGCUUAGGGCCGGCCCCGAGCUUUCAACACCAAUCCGCUCGAUCACUAUCUGGCUGCGCUGACCCAGUCUAUCCAGGUGCAGAUCUUGCCUGGUGCUAGGGAUCCUGCUGGACUCGCCAUGCCUCAACAACCACUUCAUAAAGCUCUGUUUCCCCGAUCCGCAGGCUCUGCAGAAGGCUCGAACGCUCUCAUCAGAGCCACCAACCCUGCCUGGAGCGCAUUCGGGAACGCUCUGUGAGUCUACACUCUUUCUCACGACCCGAUCUGGAACAUGUGACGAUCGUCUUCGUCUUGCGCUGGCUGAUAUGCACAUCAGCUCACCCACGCCGCUCUUCUCUCUUUCCGACUCAGCAUCUUGGGCACUUCAGGGCAGAAUAUCGAUGACCUGUUCAAAUACGUGGAGGGAGGGACAGACGAAGAUCGGUUGCGCAUGGCUUGCAAUACGCUGCGGUGGGGCCACCUAGCUCCCACCGCUCCCGAUACCCUGUGUGAGCUGCGCUCGCGCGCGCUCGCGCGUCAGACUGACUGCGCAGCAUCCCGCUACUGCACUCAGCUAUGGCGCUUGCUGACUCUCCUGCCAUUGCACCCUGGCUCGCGCAGGCUGCUAUCCGUUCACGGAUCGAGAUCCAUUCCUCAUCACCCGUUCACCUCACAUCUACUUUGUAGGCAACCAACCUCGCUUCGCUACGACGCUCUACGAGCACGAGCACGAGCCCGAGUCAGAGCAAGGGCAGCAGCCUUGCAAACGGAAUGAGGGCAGUGAAGGUGGUGCGACAAGGACAAGGGUGCUGCUUCUACCGAGCUUCAACAAGACUGGCACAGUCGUGCUCGUCCAUCGGAGCACUUUGCAAGUCAAAAAGGUCCACAUCUUGCCCCCCCUUUGA